AUGGCGACCCUGCCGGGAGGGAUUCAAGGGCUGUACCCCGAGGCGCUGAGCCCCGAGCAGCUGGAGAAGCUGCGCGGCUUCAAGAUUCAGACUCGGAUUACUAAUGAAAAGUACCUAAGGACCCACAAAGAAGUGGAGUUGCUCAUAAGUGGUUUCUUCAGAGAAAUGUUUUUGAAAAGACCAGACAACAUUCAAGAAUUUGCUGCAGACUAUUUCACGGAUCCAAGACUUCCCAACAAGAUUCACAUGCAGCUAAUUAAGGAGAAGAAAGAGGCUUAAUUAGCAAAAUCAUGAUGCUCAGCUGUUGAGAGAGAACAGAAAGAAUCCAGCCUCGGGGGUCAUCUGGAAGCGAGAGAGCCCUGUUGCCAUCAGUGUGGGUUUCCGGGCUGUGUCUGCUGUUGCAAAGGCUUUUAAAGAUGCUCAUUAAAAACAGACCUCCCUGUUCUCUCUGCUUUAUUUCACUUAGAAGGAAGAAGACAUCCUUCACGGGAGGCUUCUCUGCCCCUACUCUGACCGGUUUGCUGUUCUGUAUAUCGACUUGCACUAGAUGUUAUGGGAAGAUCUAUUGAGUGUAAAGAAAAG